AUGAAUUCCUCUAUGUUUAAAGACAAGACAUGGUUCCAAACAAAUAGAGGGAGUCCGAUAUCAGCUGUCAAAGUGACUAAGGCCGAGAAGAAACAGACAACUCCACUGUGGAGCCUAUGGGAUGGGUACAGCCCAGAAUUACUCGAUCUCACGAAAGACAAUCUCGCUGACAAGUUUGUAGAUGGUGUGUCUAUGAUCGCUUCGCUAUCCUUCACUCUCUCUUACCCAACUCUUGCAGCUGCGCUUCACAUGUUCGUCGAUGCCUACAAGAACGUCCUUGCUGUUGCUGUUAUCUCGGUUGUAUCUAUUGAGAACGCUACUGUUCUUGCCUCCAAGAAAAAAAAAGGGAAAAAGGACGAACCUGUCGGCGAGUCAGACGAUGACUUAGGCUUUAGUUUGUUUGAUUAA